UUAUUCAUUCAUUUAUUGAUUCGAAGGAACCUUGUUUCUCGAAUCCUUGUUUGAAUGGAGGAAGUUGUGUCCCUAACAUGAAUGAAGGCACGUAUCAUUGUAACUGCUCGAUACAGAUCCCARGCCUGCCGUAUCUUGACCAACACUGCGCUGUGGAUCAUUCCUUGAUGAAAAAAUCUGGGACAUUUCGUAAUGUUUUCAAUUUGACAAUCAAGCUUCUACGUUAUGCUCUGAACUAUUACGAAGCAGAGCGAGCUUGUGCUAUUUUCGGUGCUCAGAUSUCAAGCUUGACGCAGUUGGAUGAUGCCUGGAAAGCUGGUUUUGAUUCCUGCAGGUACGGUUGGUUGGUAGAUGGCACUGUAAGAUUCCCCAUUAUAUAUCCGCGACAAGGAUGCUCCUCAUCUCCACCCAGUAUUCGGGGAAGUACCACCCCGCAAGAUAAAUGGAACUCAAGGCAUGAUGUGUACUGUUACAGAGAAACAGAUAAUUGUAAUGAUGGUAAAGACUGGCACCAGAAUCGUCAAGCUUGUUACAAGUUUUUUCUUGACACCAAGGCUCGUCAGACGCCAGCUGCUCAGACAUGCGCUCUCGAAGGUGGGAUUCUCGGAGUGUUUAACUCAAAGGCUAAGCUAAUCUUCCUCCAAGACUAUCUGCARAGAAGAAGCAUCGCAGACCAACAAAUUCUGGUGGGUUUGAGUCAGGAUGCUGGUGGUGCAUGGAAGUGGACGAACGGAGAAGCAGUUAGAUCCUCUCUCUGGAAUKUCACCCAGCCAACUGGACCAAUAGGAACAGUYAAURCUGCCAWGAAGGCUCUUGACAACGUGCCAGACAGUGACGAGUGGAAACUACCAUUUGUCUGUCAGAAACCUGUUCCUUAAUUUUGCACAAGAAAUACAAAAGCGGUCACACGUAGCUUUAUGUCUAUUAGGUUUCCCUGUACGCUGAAUCUGCGGGCUAGUUUAUUCUAAUAUCAGGUUACUCGGCAAAGGAUAUAUCAUGUAUAAGUAUACAUAAGUAUACAUCAUGUGUCUAUAGCUGACUCUGUGGAUCGUUACAGAUUUUUAUGACUAAUUUUUCUCUAUUAAGAUGCUUUUGAGAUACAUUGGAUGUUACUUGGAUGUGACUGGAAUGGAUUGCUUUUGACUGAAAUGGAUUGCAACUGGAUCUUGAAUUAAUUUUUUUUUAAAUUUUCACCUUUUGAAAGGCCAUGAAUAAUCUUUAUGUAUAGCAAAAACAUGCCCAACUUCUAAAACUUGUUUUCCUUUUCUAAAUGCCCGGAUUUU